CAUAUGCACACAACACACAACACCCCUUAAGACUUUAGGGACACAGGCAUAAGGAGCGCUAACUUGCUGGGGCUCCUUGCUUCUGACUGUCAUUAAUUCCCUACGAAAUGCCCGUAACAGAUGUGCAACGCUUACAUGACAAGUGGCCCCUGCGUUUUGCCCGUGGUGCAGCGCUAUUUUCGAACGGCUACUCUAACGGAGUGAUUGGAGCAGUUAUCACUUUAUUGACUCGUGAACAUCCCGGAGGUCAAUUUGGGACACAAUUUCACAGCAAGUUGUUAGCUAGUAUGGUAUAUCCUGGGACUGUAUUCGGUAUGCUUCUCUGUGGAUGGCUGCUAAGUACUGUCGGGAUGAGCAUAGUGGUGCUACCUGUGGUCGUCAUCCUCUGUUCUGUAUUGACUGCUCUCGUGGCGAUUUGGAAUGGUGGAAGGGUCGGUGGACUUGUCGCCGGGGUUUCUUUUUUGCGUUGUGUGCUCGGCAUGGGAGUAGGUGCAGGACAGUCUUCUGGUUGUGUUUUCCCUUCAGAAUGGACGGAACAAGAUGGCGUUGUCAAAAAUGUACGACAUCGGUGGUUAGUACUUGGUACCAAAACCAUGAUUGAUGCUGGUUUUGUACUUGCUGCCUUUGUCCCACUUGUCCUGUACUGGAGAUUUGGUGAGCAGCACCUCCGUACGAUCUACAGUCUCUCGCUUGGUUUGGGUGCCAUCCCUGCAUCCGUUCUCGUGUGCGAGUUCAUAGUCUGGUGCUGGUGGAUUACACCCAAAUAUGACAAUUACAGCCUACCAAAAGCUGUGCAUAUCCCUAUCUGGCUCACCUUGAAGUGGUACUGGAAGAGUGUCCUUGGAUUGUCAUUGGCAUGGUUCAUUUAUGAUUUCAUCAUGUACCCAUUUGGCAUAUACUCUUCUAUGAUUAUAAACAAUAUCACAGGAGGCAACUCAUCCUUGUCAAUUGUGUUGGGGUGGUCUGUUGUCAUCAAUUUGUUCUGUAUUCCAGGAACUGUGUUUGGCAUAUUCCUCAUUGAUUGCCUAGGUGUGAAGACAACAAUGAUUAUUGGACUGCUCUUGCAAGCCAUUGUUGGGUUUGCCAUGGCCAUAAUGUACAGCCAACUCACUAAUCAUAUUGCCACAUUUGCACUUGUCUAUGGAAUAUUCUUAAGUCUUGGUGAAGUUGGUCCUGGAAGUUGUCUCCGUAUUCUGGCAGCAAAAACUGGACCUGUGGUUCGUGUUGGUGGACAAAUCUACAACAUUGCAGCUAUGAUUGGCCAAGUAGGAGCUUUCAUUGGAACAUGGGUCCUCCCACAUAUCAUUGAUGCCUUUGGUGGUUCACAAACCAUGAAGGGGAAUUCUGGUCCAUUCUGGAUUGGUGGUGGUCUUGCCAUUCUCAAUGCAGUUGUGACAUUUUCCCUGGUGAAGCCUCUUACACAUGACAAUAUGAAAGCAGAAGACAAAGCUUUCUGCCAGUACUUGGAAGUGCAUGGAGUUGAUGCAAGCCAUAUACAUGAUGGAAUUUGAUGUGUAUUGAAUAAGAUGGACAAGUAGCAAUUGCACAAGAAUGAACACAAUAGUACUACUUACUAUAAUAAGUUCUCAGAGUACAAGAACAAAACACAUGUAGAGUA